CAGCUCUUCCCAUAAUUCUCAAGAGAUGCUGAUGGCUUCUAAACAUGAACAGUGUGGUCCACGCAAGGCUUCUUACACAGGUCUUACAGAUCAUGACACACUCAAGAUUAAUGUCUCUGGCACUAAAUAUGCAGUUGUGUCUACUGUUGCUAAGGAGCUGGGCCUGGCUACCGUACAUGCAGACACAAAUGAAUGCGACGUGUACUGGAUUGAUGGAGCAAUCUCACUUGAGAAGUUUCUAGAAAUGAAACACUACCAAAAAGUCAACCAUUUUCCUGGAAUGGGUGAAAUCUCUCGAAAAGACUCGCUAGGCCGUAACAUGCAAAGAAUGAGGAAGGAGAAUCCUAGUGAGUACAGCUUUGUCCCCCAGACCUGGGUACUGCCUGGAGACUACAAUGGAGUCAGCUCUUACAUGAGGGAGCUCAAACGAAAGAGAAGGAAUCGAACAUUUAUCAUCAAGCCUCAUAAUGGAUCAAUGGGAAAUGGUAUUUCACUGGCUCGGUCGAUUGAAGACAUACCACGAGAUCAAAAUGUAGUGGUUCAAGAGUAUAUUGACAAGCCCCUACUACUGGAUGGUUUCAAGCUGGACCUGAGAGUGUAUGUACUCAUCACCUCUUGCAACCCUCUGAGGAUAUUUGUCUACAAGGAUGGUUUAGUGCGCCUCUCCACUCAACACUAUACUGCUCCUACAGAUGAGAACAUACAAGAGCAGUUCAUUCAUUUGACCAACUACUCGAUCAACAAGCACAGUGACAGCUUUGAUGCCAGUGAGGGCUAUGAUAAAGGAUCCAAGAGAACUAUCAAGUACUUCAAUGGAUGGCUGGCUCUCAAUGGCUACAAUGUUAGCGAGAUGUGGGCUAAAAUAUAUGAUAUACUAAUCAAGACGCUGAUAGUUGCGCACCCACACCUGGUCCACUCGUACAGUGCCUGCAGACCAGGCAGAUCUGUCGAGGAGAAGUGUCAGUGUUUCGAGGUCCUUGGAUUUGAUAUCCUCUUGGAUAAAGACUUGAAGCCAUGGCUGAUCGAGGUGAACAGAUCACCAAGCUUUGGUACUGAUGCACCGCUUGACCUGGUGAUUAAAAGAGGAGUGGUUAAAGAUGCAUUAAACAUUAUUAACCUGAGUACGGCAGAUCGUAAGCGGAGUAUCGUGGCACACAAGGUAGCUAGUCGGAGACGUUUGCUAGUGACACCCAGCAAGUCUAGAUACGACUUCCUAGGGGAGCAAGAAGAGGCAGACUACGAGAUCAAGAAAAAGAAGGAAGAAGUGAAGGAGAGAUUACUGACCAUACGUCGACAGAAAGCACUGAAAGACCACGAGAAUGAGUGCAUGGGAGACUACGUGCGUGUGUACCCUACCACAGACUGGAGCAGGGCGCGGAUAUAUGAGGGCCUCCUGGAAACAGCCGCAAAAAUAUGUCUCGUUGGUAGGAGUCAGCCGGGGAGUCGGUCUAGACGACGCAGCUUCUUCUCUUCUCUACAAACACUCAAGGAGCAUGAGUUGAUGGACCUCCUCUCCCAAUACGAAUACCAGGAGCAGCACGGACCAGACUCUCCCCCACGUCUCUCAUACAUCCGUCCAGCCACCAGUCACUACCAACCACUCUCUGUGGCCGAUAGCCACUCGCCCAUGGACACAAUGUAUGCUGUGAUGGCAGCUCGUGUAGCCGAGGAGGAACAAGUUCAGCGAAUGAUGAUGUCACUCAAUGAUACCAAGCCUAGCUACCCACUCAAGACCCAGGACGAGGUGCACAGAGUGUUGGAGGAGAUCAAUGCUGACUUGUUGACCCAUCGCCCGAAUAUAGCAUCAUUCUGGAUGGUGUCUCUGGACAGUACCAAGAGGAAGCAGCUACUUGUACCUCUCAAGGACUUAAUCAAACGCCUCCUGCAAUCUCACUGGAGAACCACCAACCUGGACUCAGUGAAACUGUUUCACGUCCUCAACAGAUUGUUCAGCUACUUAUUGUCGAGAGGGGGCAAGGGACUGUGGUCUGUAUUCGUGCCUUUGCAUAAAUCCUGGGAGGCUGAUUUCAGAGACAAGUCUGAAGUUCUGUCAAUGACAGAAAUAGUGUGCUGUAGGAAGGUGGUUGAGUUAUGUCAGUCCACUCUCAUUGCCGGCUACUACUACCACCACUUGCACAGGCCCAAAAGGCAAUCAAAAUCUACUUCAUGUAAAAGAAUCCCCACCUCGUCCCGUCGUCCCUCCUCUAUCCCCAAGUGCCCCAGCCUCCCUGUUGUGAUACCCCAUCCCUCAUACUCGAUCAAGCAGCGACCGUACUCUCAAACAAGAAUCACUUCCAACAGGCCCCCUCCCACAAGAUUCAGGCAAACUGACCUGAGGUUCCCCUGAUUAUUUAUUGAAUCAAGAAGUGACUGGCUAUAAAUAAUAUCUACUUUUUUUUAUAACUUAUUUAUAACUUUAUUUAUUCUGGCCUCUCAGAGUUGGCCAUAGAGACUGUCUACUAACAUAAUGUUACAAUGUUUGAAAAUCAGUUUUGUAAUUGAUUGAUUAUGCGAACAAAAUUGAAAAGAAACAAUGUUGUGUCUCAUUGAAA